CUGUCCUACUCUGGUAUUCGAUAGUUGUUUUUCAUUUAUCGAUAGGAUGAAAUGAGUAGCUGCUAUCGCUUUAUCGCCUCUUACCGCUUUCCGGCAUUUUAGCGCUGUUUAUUUGUUUAUUCUCUUUGACUAUAAAAAAGUGCGGUAAAAAUGCCGUACGCUAAUCAACCAUCUGUGCAAAUAACCGAGCUGACGGACGACAAUGUUAAGUUUGUGCUCGAGGAUACGGAAUUGAGCGUUGCGAACAGUUUGCGUCGCGUUUUCAUUGCCGAAACACCGACACUUGCCAUAGACUGGGUGCAGCUGGAGGCGAAUUCCACGGUGCUGUCGGAUGAGUUCCUGGCACAUCGCAUUGGCCUAAUUCCUUUGAUAUCCGACGACGUGGUGGAGCGAUUGCAGUAUACACGCGAUUGCAUCUGCCUGGACUUUUGUCCCGAAUGCAGCGUCGAGUUUACGCUCGACGUGAAGUGCAACGAGGAGCAGACACGUCACGUGACUACCGCCGACUUAAAGUCCAGCAAUGCGAAGGUGCUGCCUGUAACCUCACGCAAUCAGGGCGAGGAGGACAACGAAUAUGGCGAGAGUACGGAUGAGAUACUUAUAAUCAAACUGCGAAAAGGACAGGAGCUUAAGCUACGCGCUUAUGCCAAAAAGGGCUUCGGCAAGGAGCACGCCAAAUGGAAUCCCACAGCGGGUGUUUGCUUUGAAUACGAUCCGGAUAAUUCGAUGCGACACACGCUUUAUCCCAAGCCCGAUGAGUGGCCGAAAAGUGAGCAUACUGAGCUGGAGGAUGACCAGUAUGAGGCACCAUAUAAUUGGGAGGCCAAACCAAAUAAAUUUUUCUUCAAUGUGGAAUCUUCGGGAGCUUUAAAGCCCGAGAAUAUUGUCAUAAUGGGCGUGCAGGUGCUAAAGAACAAGCUCUCCAAUCUACAGACGCAACUUAGCCACGAGUCGCAAAACGAUGCGCUUGCGGUCUAAAAACAAUCCU